ACCUCUCAUAUAAUUCAGAUUCACAACGCCAACACCAUCAGCUUCCAAAUAUCUUCUUCCCGUCUUUCCUUACCGUUUCCCAUUUCCUUGGAUUUUUUAUGUUCAAUUUUCUGUCCUAAAAUUUCUCUUACCAAACAUCCCAACCCUAGCUUUGCUGCAAGUUUUUUUUCGAUGGAGCUAAAUGGAGAUAUGACCAAGGAAAAAUCUGCUGGCAACCCUUCUUUCUUUUUUUGUUAAAUUAUUUUUUUGGAAGCCAAAGAAAAUCAGCUACAAGGUUCAUUGUUUGUUCCUGUCGCUUUAUCUGUGUUGUAACCGAUCUGUUUAGAGCUGAAGCUAAUUUCUUCAAAGUAGCUGUGGAAGAUUUGCAGAUCUGUUGUGUGGGUUUGGAUUCUAUAAAACAUCUGUUUUCACUUCAACUAGUGAGGGAAACCAAAAGAAGAGAGAGAAAGAGGGGUGGAAUAAUCAAAAUAUUUGUUGUUUGUCUGAGAACUCGACUCCUCUAACACCAACCAACCAACCAACGUUUUUCAAAGGUCAGCUGCAAAAAGAAAAAGGUUUUAAAUAACUCAAGGAAGAGGAAGGAGAGGGAAAAAGGGCUGGCUUUAGAUCGGUAUCUAACAUACAACAAGCAAUUAUUGCUUUCGUUUAGCUUAACUGUGAAGCAGAAAAAAAGAGGGUUUCUUUCUCGGAUUCAAGACUGUGGCUGCCAUUUUUCAGGCCAUGCUUUUGAAAGCACUGAAGCUGCAAAAAGCUUAAACAAGAAGGGGGGAAUGCAAGUCUCCUGACUUGGACCGUGAUAUAUCAAAGCGUAAAGGAAGGCCUUUUUUCACUACACAUAACUAAACUACCGUCUGUGUAAUCGUCAUCAAUGCACAGGGCAUCCCAGCCCCACCUUCUCUUCUUCGCUUAAACCACCAUCUCUCCCGUUUCACUUUCUAACAUUUCUCCAAAAUCCCAUAUUUUCUCUCUCUUUACAAGUGAAACAAACAACAAAACAAAAGGUAAUAAGGGGUUAGUGUCGGGGGAGGGAGGAAUUGAGUUUGUGAGAAAGGAAUGAAAGUGGAAUGGAGGUGGAUGGGAUUCAGACACAAGCCUCUAAGUUCUCAAGAGUUGGUAGUGGUGGGAGAAAUGAGUCAAGCAAGAUAGGUCAGAGAGGUAGUGACAACUACCCUGAUGACAAAGAAGAUAGAGCUCUCAUCAAAAGGGAUAGUGCAAAUGGCGGUGGAGUUGAUGGUCUAGCUGAUGUUAACAAGCUUCGAGGUUGGCACCAUUCCUCGAGAAUUAUUAGGGUUUCUCGAGCCUCGGGUGGCAAAGAUCGGCACAGCAAGGUUUGGACUUCAAAAGGGUUGAGAGACAGGAGGAUAAGGUUAUCUGUCACCACAGCUAUACAGUUUUAUGAUCUACAGGAUCGAUUGGGGUAUGAUCAGCCUAGUAAAGCAAUAGAGUGGCUAAUUAAAGCAGCUGCUGAUGCAAUUUCAGAGCUUCCUUCACUUAACACAUCAUUUCCUGAUUCUCCAAUGCAAUUAAGUGGUGAGAAAAGAACAAGUGGGGGAACUGAACAAGGGUUUGACUCAGCUGAUGUCGAGUUAAAUGGUGAACCAAAUAAUUACCAACAAAACCAAACUCAGCAGCACCUUUCUUUGUCCAAAUCAGCUUGCAGUAGCACGUCUGAGACGAGUAAGAACUCUGGUUUAUCCCUUUCGAGGUCCGAGAUCCGUGUUAAGGCUCGGGAACGGGCAAGGGAAAGAGCAGCAAAAGAAAAGGAGAAAGAGAAAGAGUCUCGCAUUCCAGAUCCACAAAAUGUGAACCCCGUUUCUCAAAACUCUUCCUUCACCGAGUUGCUCACGUGUGGCAUUGGCAGUGUUAGCAACACUGACACUAAUCCUACAGCUUCAGCUCAUCAAAACCCCAGGCAGUGGCCUGUCACUCAAAUGGAUUACUUCACAACGGGGCUCCUUGGACCUUCUUCUUCUUCUUCCUCUAGAAACCAUUCUCCAGGUUUUCCUGGACAAAUCCAACUAGGAAACCCUUUGCCCCAACAAAUACUAAUACCGCAGUUCACCGUGUCGGGUGAAAACCAUCAAGAGUUGCAUCAUUUUUCGUUCGUUCCUAAUACUGAACAUCUGAUACCGGUGGCAACAACACCAGUGGUGCCAGGGGGUGACUACAACCUCAAUUUCACCAUCUCUUCCGGCCUUGCUGGUUACAAUAGGGGGACCCUUCAGUCCAAUUCUCCUUCCUUUUUGCCUCAUCACUUCCAGAGGUUUUCUUCUAUAGAAGGAUCACCACCCUUCUACAUUGGCACACCACCAGUGGACAACCAUCACCACCAUCAGUUCCCAGCUGGAUUAGAAGGCCGCUUGCAGCUCUGCUACGGGGAUGGAAGCAGGAUCUCAGAUCAGAAAGGAAAAGAAAAGAACUAACCAGUUUACUGGAAAAGUUCCCUCUUGCCCCGUAUUUUUUCCCUGAAAAGAGAAGGAAGCAGUGAGUGAAUGCCUUUCCCUUCCUGCAUUGGAUGAUGGAUACCUUUAUUGUUUGUGCUUCUGAUAAUUGUUAGUAUUUAUGAUUUAUCCAUUUUGAAGUCAUGAUUCUGCUGGCUUCGGCGUAUUGGGAUAUAAUUUAUCUAUGCCUGCAAAAAGCCUUGUGUGUUUCCAACAAGUAUAACUAAACAUAAUUUGAUUGAAGUUAAUUAUUUUCUUUUCAUCCA